AUGUCUGCCAAGAUAGAACCUCUGCUUGCAUCGUUCAUCUCAUCAACCAGAGAUCUUUCAGAAAAAGAUCAAGAAGAUGCUGUGAUCAAGGAAAGACGCAAGAUUGCCUGCUCAAACGAAUCAGAAUCGCAUGUCAGAUACUCUAACAUCCUAAAGACGAUAUACAUGCAAAUGCUUGCAUACAAGAUCAACGAUGCUGACUUUGUAAAGGCAUGUGACUCGGGAAUUCAGAGAAUCAAAAGCGCAGGGUACUUGGGGCUUAUGGCUAUAGAUGGCAGUGAAAGCAUAGUCAUGGCAAUUAACACAAUCAUGAAGGAUCUAAGCAACAAGGAAACAAGAAAUAAUGCAUUGACUGCCAUAUGCAACUUGAAUAACAAGAGCCUCAUACUAGACAACCUCAUGAGAUAUGUUUGUCCAAACAAUAUUCAGGAUCCGUUUCACAAAAAGGCGUUGGUUGCAUUCCAUAAACUCAAUCCAAACUCAAAAGUCAAUAUAGUAAGUAAAGAGCAUUCUGAUGUUUAUAUAAAGGCACAAAUAGUUGUUGACAAGUUCAUGACAACAGGAAGCAUUGAUAUUAUUGAAAACGACAUUCUGUUUUUGAUCUCUAUUUUCACAAAAGCAGAUGAUCCGUUUCUCAAGGUCAAGCUCAUCGAGAUAUUCGGCAUUCUCCACUCCAAAGGCCUCCUCUGCAUGGACAAGUCAUUUACAAACUCAAUAGAUGCAGUAAUCAUUCCUCCAAGGGACAAGAUUCGUUUACAAAUCGAAAUAGCUCUUUCAAUAGAAGCAGUGAUACUUCUUCUGAAAACAAAUAAAUGCACGCCAAAGGCAGAGGCAUUUGCCUUCAGGCUCAUUGAAUCCCAAAAUCCAAACUCAAGGCACUUCGGGCUUCAAAUAGCAAGGACAUACAAAAUACACAAAGACAUAGCAAUUGAUCGUUGUAUAAAGCUUGGGCUCCACAACCACGAAUGCCUUAAAACUCUCGUGGCAUUGAUAGGCAAGAGCAACCACAAGGCAAUAUACAAAAGAAAGGACGAAAUAAUAUUUCAUAUGGAGAAAGACACAGUAAGUAGGAAGCGAAUAAACAGCGUGAUAGCUGCAGUGUUCUCAAAGAUCGCCCAGUAUGCAAAAGAUGACUUUCUGAUAAAGAUAUACCAGGAGGUCCCCGAGGUAUGCCUAAGCACUCCGCUUGAUAAGAGCAUUCAAAAGGACUGCAUGCUUAAGCUGUUCAAUAGAAUAUGCAUUACAGUUAAUAGUAGAUACUUCCCGCUGAUAUACCAGCUUCUGCAUGCAAACAUAAAGAAUGAGAGUUUUUACAAUGUAAUUUUUGAGAGGCAUCUCAACAUACUUGCAAUCAAACGAAGUAAUCCGCAGGAAAUCGAAACAUUGGGAAAGUUGCUCGACUGCAUGUUUGCGUAUGGUGUUCCUGCACAAAAUCGCGAAAUAUUGAUAUCUAAGUACAGAGAGAUACAAGGCUGCCAUGACUCCAUUGAUAUACUUAGCAUGAUUCUGGACGCAAUAUACUUGCUAAAUGCAAAAACGAAUGAUCAAGCCGUGCAUAUCUUUGGAAAAUAUUUUAUUUACCUUGCAUUACAUUUGCAUAACAACAAGGAAAUAACAAUUAAGCACGAUCCUGACCUAAGAAUAAGACUGGCUGAUCAAAAUGUAGAUGCCAAGAAAACACAAGAAAUCCUAUCGAAUGGAAGCAUAAUAAGUAGAUAUUGUUCUGAACAUCUCAGUAACUUGGAGAUAAAGGCAUGUGUUGAAGAAGACUCCCAUGUAGUUCAUAUUGACCUGAGCUCAAUAUUGGAGUUUAGUGCCAGGCCACUGACUAUAUCCAUGGCUGGCUCGUGCUUAUGA